AGGAGGAAAUGUCUCUGACCAAUGGAGCCCGAGCGCACCUCCCUCACGCCCCGAAUGACAAGCGCGCAGACCUAUUAGUGACCCCGCGAGCGCACGCCGCUUGUUAUUGGCAGAUGUGAGACCAAUGCUGUGGUGCUGUGCCGUGCGUCGUGCGUGCAGGAGAAGGGCAGAGAGGAGCGUUUCUCUGAGGGAGAAGUUGGAUGGAGGUGCUGAAGAUGGCGGAUGGAGACAGCGGGAGCGAGCGCGGGGGCCUCCAGCACGUCCAGCGGGAGCAGGAGACCCAGGAGCUGGCGUCCAAGCGCCUGGACAUCCAGAACAAGCGCUUCUACUUGGACGUCAAGCAAAACGCGAAGGGCCGCUUCAUUAAGAUAGCGGAGGUGGGCGCCGGGGGCUCCAAGAGCCGCCUGACUCUUUCCAUGUCCGUGGCGGCCGAGUUCCGCGACUACCUCGGGGAUUUCAUCGAGCACUACGCCCAGCUGGGUCCGAGCAGCCCGGAGCAGAUCGCACAGUCGUCAGGCGGCGAGGACGGCGCCCCGCGGCGGGCGCUGAAGAGCGAGUUCUUGGUGCGUGAGAGGGGAGGGUAAUACCUCGACUUGAAGGAGAACCAGCGCGGGAGGUUCCUGCGCAUCCGCCAGACCCUCAACCGAGGUCCCGGCUUCGGCGUCGGCGGAGGGGGCGGUCCCGGGGGCAACGUGCAGGCCGGCCAAACCAUCGCGCUGCCGGCUCAGGGCUUGAUCGAGUUCCGAGACGCUCUGGCAAAGCUCAUCGACGACUACGGCGGGGAGGACGAGGAGCUUAGCGGGGGGCCCGGGGCCGCGGUGGCCUACGGCGAUCUCCCAGAGGGCACCUCCAUCAUGGUGGACUCCAAGAGGUUCUUUUUCGACGUCGGCUCCAACAAGUACGGCGUGUUCCUGAGGGUCAGCGAGGUCAAGCCCAGUUACAGGAACUCCAUCACAAUCCCCUUCAAGGCCUGGGGGAAGUUCGGAGGAGCCUUCUGCCGCUACGCCGAGGAGAUGAAGGAGAUCCAGGAGAAACACCGGGAUAAGGUGUACGAGAGGAGAGAAGAGUCCGAGGGCGAGGUGGUGGACGACGACUGACCCCAGGAGAUGACCGGACGUGUGAAACAAUAAGUGCAUGAACUGAACUCAAAUAGCCUACUAAAAUAUUCAUCAGACAGAAAAAAUAGAUCUGUGAAAUAUCUAUGUGGUGAGGUUUAGGGGAGGGGGAGGCGGGUCGACUAUAUUGAAGCCAUGGGGCGAAGGAUGUCUCGUGGGUUUUGAUUUAUUUCUGAUGCUGCCCUGUCCUGUGAAACCAGCGAGUUUAAUUGUCUUAGUUAGCAAUUAAACCUUUGUUACAUCAGCGCCAAGGCUGCUGAAUUAUGAUAAAACCAGGCUAUAAGGGUGCAUACUGUCCAACAUAUUUUUAGAGGAGAUACAUUUAUAUAUACAGUAUACAUAUAUUGCGUCACUGGCCAUGGUGUGUUUUCUACCAACGCAGCAUGAGUCUUUCUAAACGUACAUCAGAAGUUGUGUUCUCAGAUGAUUUUUUCCCUUUUAUAGACAGAUGUUCCCUAAGUUAUUAUUUUAGGCUUUUUGUUCUCACAUCAGCAUGAUUUUUAUGAUUUGGCCAAUUUGAUUGAGCAUUGAAAUGUUUUAAAUUAAGAUUUGGAGCAUGAUUUGACCCCUGAUUUUGUGUUUGUGUGUCUCAGCUGUUCAUGGCGAGACUUUUUAAAGUCAUAAUCUGACUUCAUUACAGGCAUUAAUGAUGAAAAUGGUUGCUUUAUGCACAUCAUUCCACUAUGGACCGGUGGGGCAUUUUGGUUUCGGGGUCAACACACAGAAAGCUUUGUUUUUUCAGACUUGGGUCCAAGUGCCCUCUGAAUAUUUAAGGAUAGAUUGCUUAAGUCAACACACAUGUGAUAUUAGUUAAUAUAAAAGAAAAGCGCUACAUGGGCGAGUGUAUUUUCACCCCAUCCCCUUUUGCGUUGUCUUUUUUUUAAUGUGAGAUUCUUCUUUUUCAGAGAAUACGUAAACAAACCAGCAUAUUUUUGAAUACGCAAAGUAAAAAUUAUAUAUAAACUAAAGAAUUAUUAAAGCUCAAGAAGCUAAUUUUGUAAAAAAAAAAAGAUAAAUAAGCUGGGAUUGGAAGACUGUCCAGUGUAUUUUUUUUGUGGAAGACUAUAAUAUACAUGAGAUUAGCGAAAACGUCACCCUCCCAAGCUCCUCCCACAACCUUUUUGAGUUUACAGCAUGCACUUCGUUACGUUUUCUUUCUUCGCGAUUAAUAUCAAACGUCUUUUCGGUGGUCUCCAUUUCUGUGCAUGCCCGUCCCUCAUUUGCCUUUUUAUUUAAAUUAUUGCUUUCUCUUGCGUAGUAUCUGCAGCUAUAUUAAUGCGAUAUUUUUGUUUAGCCUUUCACCAAAAAUAUUACUAAAAUAACCAAGUAGACCAGUAGGUUAUGAUGGAGAAAGAUUGUUAACUUUAAACACAUUUCAUCCAUGCACUUUAGUAAAAACACAAAAUUCGAUAUGCUUGCAUCCACGGAGAAGAAUUGAAGAAAUUUUUUUUGUAACAUUUUUUUUGGGGAGCAACAGUGUUUUGUGCUGAUUUGCAAGGCCUCCUUUGACCUAUUUUGUGUUAAAUGGCAGCUGUUGAAGUCAUGUGUACUGCUGUGAUCUUUCCUAAAAUGCAAGACAGACGAAUUGCAUCCUAUGUUAUGAAAUGAUUUAUUAUCUGUUGGCUGCAGAAUUGUUAAUGGAUGCCAAUCUCUGCACUCGUUUUCUGUACUUCCACGAUUGCAGCAGCUGUUUCUCCUCAACAGCUCGCUGACUUAGCAGGCUGGUUAUUUUAAUGCUAGAAGCAUGAAGAGGGUGAACAUUCCUGCCCUGGUGGCCAUGGAUUCAGCUGUGCCAUUUGCUCUGUAGUGUGGCGAGGCACAAGGGCCCGAUUGUUGAGCCGAUUGCAUGCUACUGCAAAUGUUAUUACAUCAGCAGACUGCAUCCGCUACACGUGAUGGUGGGCCGCUGAAGCUGUAGGGUAGAGAAAAACCUGUCAUUUGGCAUUGUAGCAUGCAGCAUAGAGCGUUUUCUGCGUAACCUUAAAAAAAACAGGCCCUUGAUUUGGCAGCCGAGCCUGAACGGCAAUAGAAAGCGUGACACAGCAGCUGUUGGCAGGACAUUCUUGCGUUUCCCCCCCGCUUGCCCCCCUCCUCAGCUGCUGUUCGGGUUGCUCCGCUAAACUGAGUAUUUGUAGAUGGGAGGCACCAUUCGGGACUCAAGGGAGGCUGAGUUGGCUUUACAACACGACUCGUUGUUCAAGCUCGCUUUAGGAAGGAGAAUUGCUAUGUUUCUAGCACUUUGUGGUUACGCUGGCGUGUCUAAAUCUGCAGCAUUUGUUGAUCAAGUGUGCAUUCAUUUUGACUGUAGGACCCAUCAGUACUAUUAGUGAAGUGAAUGUGUCAUGUUGAAGAACUCAGAUCACUGACAAAUUGUUUCAAAAAUGCAAAUGACAACAAAAAGCCAUUUCAAAAGCCGUUUUUCUUCACUUUGAAGGGGUAUAGAUGCAUUAAAACACUCUAGGCUGCUAAUUUUCAAAGUGAAGUUGAAUAUCGCAGCACUUUUUUUUUUUUUUUCCGUUUAACCUGUCCAUUUGAAAUAUGAAAUUGGGCACAAAUCUCUCCAGAACACCAUAAAUGGACUUUCUUUCGACUGAACUUGGCUGUGUUUAUUUCAUAUGUAUUAUAUAUAAAUAUAUAUGUGAGAAUAUGUGCUGUAAAAGUUUGUUUUGUUUCCGCCUUAAUGUCACAGAAAAAAAAAUUAAAAAUCACAUCAGGGACAGGAAGCAAUACUCAUUCAGAAGUUAAUUUCCUGUCGGGCUCGUCGCCCACUCUUACAAUUGGCCGAUUUGUCUUCCUGUUUCCUGAGGUUGGGAUUUGUGCAAAGUUCUGUGGGGCAUCCGCAUACUUUUUGAAUGAACAAUACCUCUGUACUACUGUACGAAAGAUUGGAAAACCUCUGACUGAAUGUUCUGUUAUUCCAGGUGACUCACCCGAGCUCUUAACAGCAUCCAUGUGUCAACCACGUUUUACCUGAUCAUACGCACAAGAGCAGCAAUUCAUAGAACAAUCAAAGCUAUUUUUCCAAUAUCUUAUGUGUUCAGCAGAGAUUUUAACAUCUGAAUGCCCUCAUCUGGUUUAAACUCAGGUUCUUGGCAUUCUCCGUAUAUAUAUAUAUUUGCUCGAUUCAUUUUCUAUCUGUUACUUGAUACUGAAGUUACGGAGCGAGUUCAUGUUUACUGCAGGACACUGUCAAGAGCUCAGGUCUCAGAUACUCAAAGUAUCUCCACACAUCCCAUCAAACCCUGUCCCAUACUAGACUGCCUCCAUCAGAACAGGCAGACUUCCAUUUUUCCCGUGGUUAAACCUUUUUUUUCUUUUCUUUUUUUUUUUUCUGGAGAUUUACAAGUCUAUAUUUAGAAAACGCUAUGUUUGUUUGUAACAGAAUAAAGGAAAUUAUAAAUGAUGGAAAGCAAACUA